AUGAAGAAAUCGGAUCAGUUUAUAUCUGGGAGUUAAGAUUAUUCAAUUAUGAUAUGGACAAAAGAUCAAAAUAAUUCAUGGAUUUGCAAAUAGAAAAUCUUUGAACAUACAAAGAGUAUCAUUUGUUUGGUAUUAAAUAAUAAUGAAGAUCUUAUUGUAUUUGGUAGUUAGGAUAGUAAAAUAAAAUUCUGGUAAAAAUAAGAUAAAUGGUUGUGCUCUUAGACCAUCUCUGAACAUAAUUCAGAUGUAUUUGGAUUAAGUUUUAAUGAAUAACAAAAUAAAUUAAUAUCUUGUGGAAGGGAUCAACUUAUAUAUUAGUAAUGGAACAACUAUAAUUGGAUAAACAAUGGAUAGUAAUAUAGAAGAUUAAAGUAGACUCUUAUGGUAAAGGAUUAUGCUUUAUUGAUGAAAAUACAUUCACAUUUUAAACUUAUAAUAAAGAUUAAUUAUAUAUUUUUGAGAUAGAUAUUACUAAUAAAUAGUAUUCUUAAAUGA